UCCCUUUUAAAGUUUUCUUUUUUUUUUUAAGGCCUUUCGUUUUAUUUCAAAGGUUCAAAGUUGGAACUACAAAACGAACAUUUUUAGGGCUAAAGUUUCUUCCUUUCCUUUUCUUCUUUCUCCUAAAGCUCUAAAAGAUUUUCCAUUUUGCCAAUGGACCCCCGAGACGGUGGAGCAAUUCUUGAAGGUGAAACCCACUAUUUUAGAUCAUCUAACCAUCUAGAAGAUGACAAGUCUCAUCCUCACACGGGAGAUGGAGCCAGCCCUGGCAAAAUUUUUGUAGGAGGUUUAGCGAGAGAGACAAAUUCUGCACAAUUUCUUGAGCAUUUUGGUAAAUAUGGUGAAAUUACGGAUUCUGUGAUAAUGAAGGACCGGAAAACGGGGCAGCCUCGUGGGUUCGGGUUUGUGACUUAUGCUGAGCCUUCUGUAGUUGAUAAAGUCAUUGAGGACACCCAUAAUAUUAAUGGGAAACAAGUAGAGAUUAAGAGAACGAUACCAAAAGGAGCAGCAGGAAGUAAGGAUUUCAAGACUAGGAAGAUUUUUGUUGGUGGAAUUCCUUCAACUGUAUCAGAAGAUGAAUUCAAGGAUUUCUUUUCACAGCAUGGAGAAGUCAAAGAAUACCAAAUCAUGCGGGAUCAUGCCACCAAUCGUUCUCGUGGUUUUGGAUUUAUCACUUUUGAAACGGAGCAAGCAGUUGAUGAUCUCUUGGCCAAAGGAAACAAGAUUGACUUUGCUGGAGCUCAGGUGGAGAUCAAAAGGGCAGAGCCAAAGAAACCGAACCCUCCCCCACCUCCAUCCAAACGAUAUAAUGACUCCAGGACUGCAUAUGGUGGUGGAUCUGGAGAUGCUUAUGGUAGAUACGGAGGUGGUGGAUUUGGUAGUGGUGGUUACAGAUCAAGUGGGGGUUAUGGGGGUCGGUCUGGUGGUUAUGGGGCAUAUGGGGGAGGUGAAUUUGCUGGGUAUGGAGGUUAUGGUGGUGGUGGUAUAGGGCCUUACAGGGGAGAGUCCUCCCUUGGAUACUCAGGUCGUUAUGGAGGAAAUUUUAACAGAGGCUAUGAUGUAGGAGGUGGCUAUGGAGGCCCUGGUGAGUUUUAUGGCGGCUAUGGUGCUGGCACUGCUGGUGGCUAUGGUAGUAGCUAUGACACUGGCCUUGGAGGUGGCUAUGGAAGUGGCUAUGGAGGUGGUGCUGGUGGUGUUGGUGGUGGCGGAAGUUCAUUCUAUGGAAGUCGAGGGGGAUAUAGCGGUGCAGGCAGCGGUCGGUACCAUCCUUAUGGAAGAUAGAAAGAUUGUUGCUGGGAAAAUCUCUUUUGAGGUUAUGAAUGUUGCCUCAGUUUGUACCUUGUAGCUCAUUGUCAUGUCCGUUUUCUUACUUUGGCUUUCUUUCUUGUUCGAGUCUUUUCAUAUUUGAGGUUGAAGGAUUUGAUCAUCCACUUUACCCUUUAAUUUAUAGCUGGACUGUGAGAGCUAAUUGGUCUGAUUUUUGUACUUUUCCAUUGACAUUAACAUGCAAAUCUUGCAAGCUGUAAGAUUGAUUCUUGAAUGAACACAGCAAGCAAAGAAAAAACCCUUUUUUUUUCUUGGAGCUCUUAUUUUCUUUCUGCUCAAUGCCUUUUGCUCCUUUGACA